UGAGAGCAGUUCCACAGUCACACAUUUGGAUGUACUCAGUGGCUGCAAAAGAAUUCAAAGGGAAAGGAAGGAAAAGUCCGACCUAGAUUAGAAAAUACGUCCAUAUUUGUACAAUACAAUUGGAAGGACAGAGGCUCCUUCGCGCUUCACAGCUGAAGGGGCUUGGAAGAGUCAGUAUGUUGGAUCAGAUUCAUCUGCUCGCUGCCGUGACGGUCCUGGGAGUCCUGGAGCAAGCCUACUUCUUCCUCCAGGUGAUCUAUGCCAGGAGGUUGUUUGGCAUUUCACCUCCAAAGACCUCAGGCCCACCCGAAUUUGAGAGGGUCUUUCGAGCACAGGUGAACUCCUCUGAGUAUUUUCCCAUUUUCCUGGCACUUCUGUGGCAGGCUGGACUCUUCUUCCAUCAAGGUCUGGCUGCAGCCUUGGGUCUGCUCUAUCUCUACUCCCGCUACUGCUACUUUACGGGAUACAGGGCAUCAUCUUCAGAAAGGAUCGCCGCCAUAUACUUUUCCACUGGAGUUCUCUGGAUUCUCGUUGCAGUGUCUUCCCUGGGCAUCCUGCAUUCCUUGCUCUCCCACUACAUGGGGCUGAAUGUCCUGCAGCUUCUCACAGCGUGAGCCAGUCCUCUGUCCUUCAUCAGUGUCCUCACCUUGGGGUCCUGCUCCCUCCUACCCUCCAGUAACAGACCGGCUGCAACUCACAUAGCCCCCAGCAACAAAUCCACCCUCACCUGAGAUAUUAUCACCACCCUUCUCCCUGCCCAGCACCAGCACCAACUGCUGAGCUCUUCAGGAGGUAUUUUUGCCCCCAGGGCACUUUGUGUGCCAAGCGCUCCAUAUCUGGCAGCUCCGCCAUGUGAAACAGCAAUGGUCCAAAACAAUGAGAGUUUCAGGAAAGCUGGACACAUAAAAGCAAACUCUUCUCACUCUGAGCCUCCCAGUGAGCUGCCCAAGGGAACUGCCAUGUGUUCCCUGUUCUCCAGCGGCUCUGCCUUCAGCCAGGGAAUCAAACACAGGUUCAUGCCAGUUUUCCCGAGGCCCACACCUAUUAAAGGCAUUUGUUUGGAAUGUGAUGUGGUCUGAGGCAUAGCAAAAGAGGUGAGGGGCAAACAGGAGCAGCCACCAAAAUGUUGUGCAAAGGUCUGUCAGUGCCCUCAUGCUGCUCAUCAGCCAUUGCUCAUCAGGCUGCACAAACUCAUCACUGCUGCGUGUGCGACUUCCAACACUGGUCAGCAACAAGGUGCACAAUUAAAAAGACACUAAACUUGC